AUGCAAGGUAGCCCGCAAGGGAAGUACGUCAUUUUCGGAAAUUUCCGUGACUCAACUUCGGAAUAUUCACCAUUAUCCUCACAACUUCUCAGUACCUUCCUGCAGUCCGUUUCGCUUGAGUGUGGACUCGAUUCAAUACCUACGCAUUCCACGAACAAGCUCCACAAAACCGUUUACAAAACGGUCAACUUCCCAUGGAGCUCUCAGUACCUUAAUCUGGACCGUUUGGCGUGUGCGUGGGCUCGUUCGGAUAGCCCAAACUCCCUGAAAACGGACCACCAAACCGUUUGUGAAAUGGUUGAGGCCUCGUGGAGUGCCUCAUUCUGGUCCGUUUGGUGUGCGCGUGGGCUCGUUCGGAUACCCCCAAACUCCAUGAAAAUGGUCCACAAAACCGCUUUCAAAAUGGUUAAGGCCUUGUGGAGCUCUCAGUGCCUCAUUCUGGUCCGUUUGGCGUGCGCGUGGGCUCGUUUGGAUACCCCCAGACUCCUUAAAAACGGUCCACUAAAACUACUUUCAAAAUGGUUAAGGCCUUGUGGAGCACCUUAA